AUGCAUAGCAUGCUAGAACGGCGAGACAGGUUUUUCGGCAACAUCAUCUUCUACGACUACCUGUACAAGACGAAGAGAUUACCGUUCCUGGAGCGAAACCGGAAACAAGUGCAGCAGGGCCUCUCGCAUAGCCAAAGCGAAGAUCAGUACUCACAGACAGGACCCCGCUUUCGCUCCCAGUGGCAACCUCCAUCCUGGGAUCUACUAGACGAUAUGAUCUCAGCAGAAAAAUCUGGGGGAUCCUUCGUUCUUGAGGUGCACAGUAUCCGGCCGCUGAACGCCCCAGAAGCUUCUCAGAAUGGUCGAUCGAAUGAUCCAGCGCGGAAAGUGCGGAAUAUCUUACGAUUAACGACCUCCAUCAAAACGUCAAUCGUUUCAUCGUCGACCAUGCCCACCUGCAAGAAUCCUCCAGAUCAGGAAGCAACACUGCGAGGAUUCGAUAGAUCAGAAAAAGAAGCUUCAAUCGAAGUGGAGCCCAUUGCCAUUGAUCGCGAAAGUUGGUACACUGAUCCCACCAAAAUCGAUGAUAACGAUAUUCACAUGAUCAUGCUGAGUAUCAACUUCGAAACCCACGACAACGUCAAGGACCUAUACGAUUUCAUGGGCGUCAAAAGCUCAGAUGCAUCAGCUCGUCUUUCAACGUCGUAUGGGAACAUCUUCGAUGUGCCACAGGGAAGGAUAACCUUACCACUGAAAGCGUCUGGGAAACAGCUCGGUAUCGGGCUAGAAGUCAGUAUGCAUUGGAUCCCACUCAAAAGAGACUCGGUCUUGACGAGCUACAACCGUCACCUGAAAAGCUCUAUGCAGCCUCCCAGCUCAUAUCCUACACCACCUCUCGACAUGGAACCGCGCUACAAACUCACAUUUGUGUACGGGAAUGAUACUCUUGAACGAUCAGAGCUCAUGUGUCCGCAUUGUUCGAAGAGAAAAACCACUGACAUCGACGAUCUUAAGAUGCACCUGAUAAGUUGGCACGACUAUUUCGAUUACCAGGUCUUCCUUGAGCAGGUCGACGAGCACGGGGUGGAGCACUGGCGAUUCGAGAGCGAAGUGGCGAAUUACAGAACAGAUCAGCGUCAACGUGCAAGCGACAACGCUGACGAACCUUACGAUGUGCGCGUACUUGCACCACCCAAACCCUUCGACAGACGAAGAUUCUUGGCAGGCGAUAACGAGUUUGAAAGAGCUGCGAGACUUGGGAAAGCUACCAGAAACGCGAGAUCGAAACUUGCCCCAAGUGGUCAGCAAGUCGCGCCUGCACCCAGGAUACGUAAACCUCCAGACCAAGUGCAGUCUAGGCCAGAAAGGGAGAAGAAGAAGUUCAUUGUACCGCAGCCUCCGAAAGGUAUCACUUUCUUCCGAUCACUCAGCAGAAGACCUCUUCAGCCUGGCGAAGAGAUCAGUGAGAGCGAUGACGAGCUGGAUGAAGAAUGGCUGUAUCGCUGGAAGCACGCAGAAAUCGACAAAGCAAACUUAUCAGAAUCUGCCAGACGGUUCAUAAAACUCUUCGAUGACUUUAUGCACGAAGAGAGCCUGCAAUCAGACAUACAUGUUGGAGACGCCAUCGUUCGGUUUGCACGAGAAUGUGGUGUACGGAUAUGGCGGGAAAACGUUAUGAGCGAAUUCACGAAGAAGCUGGAUGAGUUGGUAGAGGAAGAUAUCAUCUCGAAGGAGGUACAUGAGAAGGCCUUGGAGGUAGUCAACGACCAGGAAACAAACAUUCAUGAAGCCAAUGAGUUAUCUCAGCGUUUAGAACAACUCGACGUUGAAAACCAGGAAACGUCUGUUGGCUCGGCUGGACUGAGAGUGCAUACAAGAUCUGCGCCGAAAAGAGACAGGAAAGGGAAGGGGAAAGCAAAAUCAUCAGCUUUUGACGACUCCUUUGAUGACGAUCUUGCCGACGUUUUAGGCGAUAUUGACAGGUCGUACCACCGAGCACUCAAUGGCUACAUAACUCCUACCACCCCAGACCCUGAUGGCGAUGUGGACAUGAGCGAAGCACCGCCACACGUACCCGAACAACCAUUGGAUACACCUCAAGAUGAGGAUGACGACCCACCAUACGGCUUAUGUUACUGUGGCCAAGAUGCAUCGGCGACACCAGGAUCGGGUAUCAUCACCUGUAAUGAUACCGUAAGUAUUGCAAAUCCCAGACUCUGCGUCUAG